AUGGCGAAGAAUGACACUGCGAUCCAAAGUCAAGCAACCUCUAUGAGAACUCUAGAAAAUCAAGUUGGGCAACUAGCUAAUGAGCUUCGAAAUAGGCCACAAGGUACUUUGCCUAGUGAUACUGAAAAUCCAAGAAGAGAUGGAAAAGAGCAUUGCAAGGCGGUAAUCUUGAGGAGUGGUAAAGUUCUGGAGUCAAACGAGGAAGAAGCUAAGGAUAAAAAUGAGCCCACUUCAAUCCAAAGUCGAGUAGAGAAAAAUGUUGAACCUUCUAAUAUGGCAAAGGAGCAACCUGAAGAAAAUGUUUGCAAAAGAAUUCCUCAUCAAAAUGCAAACAGAAAACUCCACAUCAGCAUACCAUUAGUGGAAGCUUUGGAGCAAAUGCUCAACUAUGUAAAGUUUUUGAAGGACAUUUCGACAAAGAAAAGAAGGCUAGGUGAAUUUGAAACAGUGGCUUUGACGGAAGGGUGUAGCGCCAUGUUGAAGGUCGAAAUUCCUCCUAAGUUGAAAGAUCCCAGAAAAGUUGGGAAUUGGCCAACCACCGUCACUUUGCAAUUGGUCGAUCGUUCCAUGGCCCAUCCGGAAGGAAAAAUUGAAGAUGUCUUGGUGCAAGUUGAUAAGUUUAUUUUUCCGGCCGAUUUCAUCAUUCUUGAUUAUGAGGCGGAUAGAGAAGUUCCUAUUAUUUUGGGAAGGUCAUUCCUUGCUACCGGGAGGACCUUGAUUGAUGUGCAAAAAGGGGAACUUACUAUGCGGGUGAAUGAUCAACAAGUGACUUUUAAUGUGUUCAAUGCCAUGAGGUUUCCGGAUGAGAUUGAGGAAUGCUCUCGCAUAAGUGUGAUUGAUUCUAUUGUUGCUGAAAAAUUUCACAAGGAAGCUUCGAAAGAGGAAAAGAUGAUAAGUUCUCUUGAAGAGCUUGAAGCUUUAAGUGAAGAUGAAGAAACCAAAGUUACAUGGGUAGAGUCAAAGCAGCCUUUCACUAAGUCUAGGAGGCCAUUUGAAUCUUUGGAGUUGUCAGAGAACAAUUUCAAGCCUCCUAAGCCUUCCAUUCAAGAACCACCCGAGUUGGAGUUGAAGCCGUUGCCUAGUCACUUGAAGUAUGUUUAUUUGGGAGAUGGAGAGACCUUGCCGGUAAUUAUUUCUGCUAUGUUGGGUGCCCAAAGAGAAUGCUUGUUAGUUGAUGUCUUGAAGAAAUACAAAAGAGCCAUUGGUUGGACCAUGGCGAACAUCAAGGGUAGGAAUGUCAAUGGGGCGGGUCGGAUCUGA